AGUCCUUUUCGGAGGUCCAGUUUACCUGAUGCCGAGACUCUAAAUGCCUUUUCAUGCCACUGGUGCUACCUCCUUUACAUCUGAUAUUCCGGUCGCAGUGUUUACAUUUUGCCAGUGCCGCUUCUAUUCUGUCGAAGCUGUGCCACACAGCUGAACCAAAGCUGGGUGAACUUGGUGUAGACAUUGUGAAUGAAGAGAACAAAUGAGCGGACAGAUUUUGACGGGAAUGAACCCUCUCGCUUCCUCUCGUGCUACAGAGAUGGGCUCCUGGAUCACCUCAAGGUCAUCCUUGAUCGACCACCGCAUAUGUGGAAGCUGUGCAUCCCAGGACCCCUGUCAGCCCAGUGUGAGAGGCCUGACCUAUGCAUCCCAGGACCCCUGUCAGCCCAGUGUGAGAGGUCUGACCUAUGCAUCCCAGGACCCCUGUCGGCCCAGUGUGAGAGGUCUGACCUAUGCAUCCCAGGACCCCUGUUGGCCCAGUGUGAGAGGCCUGACAAGGAGGCGGGCAUAGCUAUUUGUCUCCCACGUCAAUCUUGAGGGUGACUGAAGCCUGCUUGAUUGAAGUGGGGUAUGCUGGUCCCCAUCAAUCUCUGUAGGUGGUUGAGUUUUCUAAAGUCAAAGUAAAUCACGUUUACGUGAUGACAUCACACUUUGUUGCUUUGUAUUGUUUCUUCAAGCAUUCGGACAGGAGAGCAGUGUUACAAAUUGUAUGAGUCAAAGGGUCCUGCACACUGUUGGGUGGCCGGGUGCCCAUAUACAGUGCCUUGCGAAAGUAUUCGGCCCCCUUGAACUUUGCGACCUUUUGCCACAUUUCAGGCUUCAAACAU